UACAAUGACAAUACUUAUCCACAAUAUUUCCAACCCCAUUACCCCAAUAUCAUUAUCAAAUAUUCAAAUGUUACAUUAGUUCCUGCAGUAAUAUCUAGCCAUUGCUCCCAAUUCAUCUAACAUAUUCAAACCAUACCUAUUAACCUCCAAACAUCCUACAUACAUCCUAUUGCACCUUAACUCUAUCACUUUAAGCCAGUAGAAUACCACCUUAACAAGAUUUUUUUCUUAAUAGUGUUAAAUAAUAAUAUAAUAUAGAUAUUAGCAUCCUUAUGAAAUACGUAUAUAAUAAAUUCCUACUUUUUUAAAUUUUAUUUGGAACAUUAAGAAACAAGCUUACAGAGUAUUAAAUUAAACUUAUACGAAAGAGAACGUCGCUGAGGCCUGAGGGUUUAACAAAAGAAAAUAUAAUCAAAUAAAUUAUGAAAAGCAGUGUAUGUGUGUGUUAGCUCGUACAUCGAUUGUGUUGAUUCAGAGGAUAUGCCAACUAUGACGUAAGUCAUAUUGUAGAUUCACAUCAGCCUAAACGUUUACCCCUACAGCUCCAAGUUAAGAGUCCGGUGGAAGCUUAAAACACUCCAUAAAUGGCAUUGUUUUAUUCUAUCAGUGUAUCGAAACGCACUGUCUUAUUCUCCCCAAUCGCCAGAAUCAUCCACUUUUGCUCCGCCGCCUCUUCUCCGCCGUCACCUGACGAUAAUACCACAGUCACCACUGCCGUCUCCAUCCUCAAACACCACCGCUCCAAAUCCCGAUGGACUCAUCUCCGUACUCUCUUCCCAUCCGGUUUCAAUCCUUCCCAAUUUUCUGAAAUCACUCUGCAACUUCGAAACAAUCCACACUUAGCCCUCCGUUUUUUUCUCUUCACAAUCAAACACUCCCUCUGUCAUCACUCUCUGUUAUCCUAUGCCACAAUCAUUCACACACUUGCUCGUUCUCGCCAAAAAUCCCAUGCCCUAACCCUAAUUCAGUCAGCAAUUCGCAAAUUCAGCGAGGAUAGCACAAAUCCACAUUCAAAUACUCCUCCUUUGAUUUUCGAAACUUUGAUUAAAACAUACAGAACGUGUGAUUCUGCACCUUUUGUGUUUGAUUUGUUGAUCAAAGCAUGUCUCCGAUCGAAACGAGUCAAUCAGGCUAUUGAAAUUGUUCGAAUGUUGGGCUCCAAAGGUAUAUAUCCGAUGACAAGUACCUGUAACUCUUUAAUUAUGUCCGUUUCUAAACACCAUGGGAGCAUAGCUGGUUAUGAGGUUUACAAUGAGCUUUUUGGAUCUAGUACCGAGUUUGAGGAUAAAAAAGUUGUUAAUCGUGGUAAAACCAUUGUUCCUAAUGUACACACAUAUAAUAUAAUUAUGCAUGCUUUUUAUAGAGAUGGUUUAGUUGAGAAUUUAGAAAGAGUUUGGAGUGAUAUGAUUGUAAAUGAUUGCUUGCCUAGUGAAUACAGUUACAGCAUUUUAAUGGCGGCUUAUUGUGAUAAUGGAAGAAUGGUGGAAGCAAUGAGAGUGUGGAGAGAAAUGGAGAACAAGGGUUUAGAGCAUGAUGUUAUGGCUUAUAACACGAUAAUCGGUGGCUUUUGUGAAAAUGGAAAUGUUCAAAAGGCCGAGGAAUUUUUCAAAGGAAUGGAAUCAAGUGGGAAAGAGGCUACUUGUGUCACACAUGAGCAUCUGAUUAAUGGGUAUUGUAAAAUAGGGGAUGUUGCUUCGGCAAUGCUAAUGUAUAAGGAUAUGUGUAUGAAAGGGUUUAUGCUAGUCGGGUGUACGCUUGAUGUGUUGAUUAAGGAGCUUUGUGAGAAGGAUAAGGUCUCUGAAGCAUUAAUGGUUUUAAAAGUUGCAAUGAAGAGAAACAAUGUGACUGUUAAGAACGAGAGUUAUGAGGUUUUAAUCAAGGGCUUGUGUGAUGACGGCAGAAUGGAUGAAGGUAUGAAGCUUCAAGCAGAAAUGGUGGGAAGAGGGUAUGAACCAACUUCAGGGAUUUAUGGUGCUUUUAUUGAUGGUUACGAGAAAGAAGGGAACAUAGAACUAGCAGACAAGCUGAGAAUGGAACUUCUUGAAAUGCAACAGCCUUUCGAAAAGUGUGUGUAGCUUAAAUCGUGGAUCGAGAAGAGAAUUAUGGCCUAGUUCUACCCAUACAAGUAUACUGCCAUGUAAUUCUAAUACUCUAAGUCAAAGUUAAUUAGAAGAAUACAAUUGUAUGAUCAUGGAUUUAGGUCCUUAACUGCAUCUCACACCUGCUGGCAUAUUUUGUGUUUUUGUCUGAUUUGAUUUCCCAUUGCGGCAACAUAUGCAUAAAACCGUAUCCUUAAUAUCCAUGUCGCUGCUUUGACUCAUUUAGUCAACACAUUAUCCAUCUCUUUUCCUGUUUUGCGGGAAAGUUGAAUUUGGACAUAUACACCCACCAAGUGGGAUCCUAUUUGAACCCUAAAGGGCCACAUACCAUUUCAUCUUUAAGUUGCAGUGUGAAUUUUGGAAAAAUGUCAGUUUUAUCGUAGAACCGUGUGAAUGUGAAGUUGUGUGAGUCAUCUUUGGUUGUAGUUCAAUGUGCGAACCUGGAUGGUGAGGUUAUGGCGUCUAUGAGAUGCAAAAACUGCAAAAUGUUUAUGUAACUCCAAAAAGUGGACGUGGAUCUCCCUCUCAGCAUUUUCUUCUGCUGUUGCUUGAGCUCCCGCUCAGGAUUUCUUCAGGAGUAAUAAUGAUGCUUGAAAAGAUUUUAUUUAAUCAAUAUCUGCUUUUUUUUUCUUGCUUCUAGUAAUCUAAGAUUUCGAGAAAUUCCCUCUUUCCUUCUCACAAAAUCGAUUUUAACGUGUAUCAUUUUUCCAUAUAGAUCGAGAUAUGUAUGUCGUAAUUCAGUUAUCUUUUUGUAAUAUUUCUCUUAAAUUCUAAAGUUAAUCUGCUUGCAUUCUGGGUGAAA